AAAUAUUAUCAUGAGAAAAGAAAUAAAAUUCAAUCUUUUUUUUGUGCUGAGCUCAGAUUCAAACAAAAACAAAAUCUCACACACAGAUUCAAUCUGCCCAGUUCCAUUCUAAACUGAAUUGUUCCCCACCUUAGCAGACAUAUACACACAUAAAUAUUAAUACUUGUGUGUGUAUAGGUGUGUUUUUAAGCAAGCUAAAAGUGACUUUUGAGGCUUCAAAUCUUCAAGAUUUUGAAAUGGGUAGCUGAAUUUAUGGGUUGUGUGCUUGGUAAGAGAGUCACCGGAGAUGGGUCUCGCCGGAAAAGUUCAAAAAGGAAAAAUUCCGGUCAAGAAAAGACCGAAAAGAAGGUAGAAAAACAGAGUAGCCGGAAAAACCUUGCCGGAGAGGCGCCGGCGCCGGAAAAGCUCCGACCUUUAUCGGAAUUUAGGGUUAAGACUAGUCAAGGGUGGCCUUCUUGGUUGAGUGAAGUCGCCGGAGAUGCUAUUAAGGAUUGGACUCCUCGGCGUGCUAACACUUUUGAGAAGCUUGAUAAGAUAGGGCAAGGGACAUAUAGCAAUGUAUAUAAAGCAAGGGAUUUGAUUACCGGGAAAAUUGUUGCUUUGAAGAAGGUUAGGUUUGAUAAUUUAGAGCCGGAGAGUAUUAAGUUUAUGGCUAGAGAGAUUCUUGUACUAAAGAAGCUGGAUCAUCCUAACGUGAUUAAGCUUGAAGGGCUGGUUACUUCAAGAAUGUCUAGCAGUCUUUAUCUUGUUUUCGAGUACCUGGAUCAUGAUCUAGCUGGUCUUGCUGCGAUCCAAGACAUCAAAUUUUCGGAACCACAGGUCAAGUGCUUCAUGAAGCAAUUGUUGUCAGGGCUUGAGCAUUGCCACAACAACGGUGUGCUGCAUCGUGAUAUAAAGUGCUCCAAUUUGCUUAUUGACAAUGAAGGAAAUUUAAAAAUUGCUGAUUUUGGUCUAGCUACUUUCUUUGAUCCUGCGAAAAGACAACCAAUGACAAGUCGUGUUGUCACACUCUGGUACAGGCCACCAGAGCUUCUUCUUGGUGCCACUCAUUAUGGUAUUGGCGUAGACCUCUGGAGUGCUGGCUGCAUUCUGGGAGAGUUGCUUGCUGGGAAACCAAUAAUGCCAGGACGGACGGAGGUGGAGCAAUUACACAAGAUAUUCAAGCUAUGUGGUUCUCCAUCUGAAGACUAUUGGAAGAAAUCACGAUUGCCAAAGGCGACGCUUUUCAAGCCACAACAUCCAUACAAGCGUUGCACAGCGGAGGCCUUCAAGGAUUUUCCACCUUCUUCUCUCCCUUUAAUUGAAACUCUUUUGGCUAUAAAUCCUGGUGAGCGUGGCUCUGCUACCGCCGCUUUGAACAGUGAAUUUUUUACUACCGAACCUUUUGCUUGUGAGCCAUCAUCCCUACCGAAAUAUCCUCCCAGCAAAGAAUUGGAUGUGAAACGCAGAGAUGAAGAAGCUAAAAGGCAAAGAGAUUUGCAUGGGAAAGCUCAGGCUGUAGAUGGCACUAGCAAAGUACCACGUGAUGAGAUUACUAGGGCCACUCCUGCUCCAGAAGCCAAUGCGGAACUUGAAACAAGCUUGGAAAGGUGGAGAGUGGUCACACAAGCUAUAGGUAAAAGUAAAAGUGAAAAAUUUCCCCCUCCCCACCAGGAUGCAGCAGUAGGAAAUCCUCUUGAUAAAUCACAUAAUGGCCAAAUCUCAUUUGGCGCUGCUGGUUCUUCAUUUAGAUCGUCAAUAUUUAAUCCAAUGUCAUCGCGUUCUGUUAAAGAUACUGGAACCAGGAGGACGAAAAGCAGGAAAGAACACUACAACAGAAGAGCACCAUCAAGGAGGUUUAUUCGUGCAUUUAUUCCAUCUUCAGUUAACCUCUCGAUGGACUUAAGAUUCAGAAACUAACGUCGUGUGACCAAGUGCUCCUCAAUUACCUGGCUUCUUCAACCUUUUUUUUUCUAAUCAUUUUUCAACCAUUUUUUAAAUGUUAUGGUCAGUGCAUUUGUUGAGUGAUUUACAUAAAAACUCAAAGGUAGCCUGUGAUUUAGCAGAAUGACUCCAACAUUUGUUAUACUGUACAGUUUCCAACGUCAGAGGUAGCUUUGUGUUGUAUAUGCUUUGUUUUCGACGAAUUAUAUAUUACAUGUUGAUGAUGCUCUUUUAUUUCC